GGAGAUAAUCCCAUUACCCCAAUUAUACAUCCAGCUCUAUCAGCUGAUCCCCCUGAUCCUGGGAAAUGUUCUCCUGAUCACUCUGAUAUUGGUGCAUCUAUUACAGCUCUGAGAUUAGAUACAGAGUUUCCCUGUUCUACAGAUGCCAAAUGUUUUACACAGAACACAAACCGUAUUACUCAUCAGCCAGCUAAGGCAGGUGAGAGGCCAUUUCCAUGUUCUGAGUGUGGGAAAUGUUUUACAUAUAAAUCAAAUCUUGUUACACAUCAGAGAAGUCACACAGGUGAGAAGCCGUAUUCCUGUUCUGAGUGUGGGAAAUGUUUUGUACAGAAAUCGAGUCUUUUUAAACAUCAGAGAAGUCACACAGGUGAGAAGCCGUAUUCCUGUUCUGAAUGUGGGAAAUGUUUUACAUAUAAAUCAAAUCUUGUUACACAUCAGAGAAGUCACACAGGUGAGAAGCCGUAUUCCUGUUCUGAGUGUGGGAAAUGUUUUGCACAGAAAUCAAGUCUUUUUAAACAUCAGAGAAGUCACACAGGUGAGAAGCCGUAUUCCUGUUCUGAGUGUGGAAAAUGUUUUGCAUAUAAAUCGGAUCUUUUUAAACAUCAGAUAAGUCACACAGGUGAGAAGCCAUUUUCCUGUUCUGAGUGUGGGAAAUGUUUCACACAGAAAUCAGCCCUUGUUCCACAUAAGAGAAGUCACACAGGUGAGAAGCCAUAUACCUGUUCUGAGUGUGAGAAAUGUUUUGCAUCAAAACCAAAUCUGGUUAAACAUCAGAGAAGUCACACAGGUGAGAAGCCGCAUUUCUGUUCUGAGUGUGGGAAAUGUUUUGCAUCUACAUCAGAUCUUGUUACACAUCAGAGAAGUCACACAGGUGAGAAGCCAUAUUCCUGUUCUGAGUGUGGGAAAUGUUUUUCAUCUAAAUCAAUUCUUGUUAAACAUCAGAGAAGUCACACAGGUGAGAAGCCAUAUUCCUGUUCUGAGUGUGGGAAAUGUUUUGCAUUUACAUCAGCUCUUGUUAAACAUCAGAGAAGUCAUACAGGUGUGAAGCCGUAUUCCUGUUCGGAGUGUGGGAAAUGUUUUUCAUCUAAAUCAAAUCUUGUUAAACAUCAGAGAAGUCACACAGGUGAGAAGCCGUAUUCCUGUUCUGAGUGUGGGAAAUGUUUUGCACAGAAAUCGAGUCUUUUUAAACAUCAGAUAAGUCACACAGGUGAGAAGCCGUAUUCCUGUUCUGAAUGUGGAAAAUGUUUUGCAUAUAAAUCGGAUCUUUUUAAACAUCAGAGAAGUCACACAGGUGAGAAGCCGUAUUCCUGUUCUGAGUGUGGGAAAUGUUUCACACAGAAAUCAGCCCUUGUUACACAUAAGAGAAGUCACACAGGUGAGAAGCCAUAUACCUGUUCUGAGUGUGAGAAAUGUUUUGCAUCGAAACCAAAUCUGGUUAAACAUCAGAGAAGUCACACAGGUGAGAAGCCGUAUUCCUGUUCUGAGUGUGGGAAAUGUUUUGCAUCUACAUCAGAUCUUGUUAAACAUCAGAGAAGUCACACAGGUGAGAAGCCAUAUUCCUGUUCUGAGUGUGGGAAAUGUUUUGCAUUUACAUCAGCUCUUGUUAAACAUCAGAGAAGUCACACAGGUGUGAAGCCGUAUUCCUGUUCGGAGUGUGGGAAAUGUUUUUCAUCUAAAUCAAAUCUUGUUAAACAUCAGAGAAGUCACACAGGUGAGAAGCCGUAUUCCUGUUCUGAGUGUGGGAAAUGUUUUGCACAGAAAUCGAGUCUUUUUAAACAUGAGAGAAGUCACACAGGUGAGAAGCCAUAUUCCUGUUCUGAAUGUGGGAAAUGUUUUGCAUCGAAAUCAAAUCUUGUUACACAUCAGAGAAGUCACACAGGUGAGAAGCAGUAUUCCUGUUCUGAGUGUGGAAAAUGUUUUGCAUAUAAAUCGGAUCUUUUUAAACAUCAGAGAAGUCACACAGGUGAGAAGCCGUAUUCCUGUUCUGAGUGUGGGAAAUGUUUCACACAGAAAUCAGCCCUUGUUACACAUAAGAGAAGUCACACAGGUGAGAAGCCAUAUACCUGUUCUGAGUGUGAGAAAUGUUUUGCAUCGAAACCAAAUCUGGUUAAACAUCAGAGAAGUCACACAGGUGAGAAGCCGUAUUCCUGUUCUGAGUGUGGGAAAUGUUUUGCA